AUGGAUGAAGUGCCGAUCUACACAAUUGAUUUGUCCCGCCCUCCCGCUCGAAGAUACACGGAGCUUGUGCACGACUUCCGGAACAAGAUCCCACAUCUGACCGAGCUGUUCGAAGAUGUCGUCACCGGCUUCGGCCUGCCGCUCAAAACGACGACUCGCCUCGCAAGGCUGUUGUUGAGGCGGCUGCACAGCAAGGAACAGACCGAGGAAAUCAGAGGGAUCAGUGAGGCAAGCGGUGUCGAUAUGUACCUUCUUGUCUGCCUGAAUACACUACUGGACCUCUUCAUGGGGUGCACAAGCGGGGGUGCAAGGAUCAAGACGGGCAAAGCGGGCAGUUCCAGGCAGACACGGAUGUUGCACUUCCGGACUUUGGACUGGGCGAUGGAUCCCCUCCGCGAAGUCGUGGUGCAGUUCAACUUCGUCAACGAGCCUGGCGGCCCCGUCAUCGCCCGGUCCGUCACCUACGUCGGAUUUGUCGGUGCACUCACUGCGGUCCGACCGGGUUUGAGCAUGUCUCUCAACUUCCGCCCGUAUCACAACGACAGCCAUUCACACAUGUCCAAUCUGCAGUUCCAAUAUCACCGACUGCUUGUGCUUCUUGGACGAAGGCCCUCCAUAAGCUCUAACCUGCGAAGCAUCCUGCUUCCUCCCGACUCCAGCGACGGCCAUGGACGCGUCGAUACAAUCUCCUCAAUCCAGCAACGACUGCCGUCAUUACCUUCAACUGCAGCAUAUCUGACUUUCAGCGACGGCGAUCGGACCCUGGUGAUGGAGAAGGACCGCGUGACUGCCCACACCAGCACGUCCUCGUCGUUCAUCGUCAUCACAAACCAUGACGCGAGCUCUGACAACAAUCCAGCCGGUGCGACUGAUAGUGAUAACGCCAAGCUUGCCGUCACGGGCAUGAGUGAGCUGGUCGAAGAGUCUCAAGACAGAAAACAGUGCGUCGAGUCGAAGUGGAAAAAAGCUGAGGAGGCAUUUCGGCGGCGUAGGAAGGAUGCCAGUCGUGGAGAUGCAGACACGGCCAUGAGCGUGACAGAGUCUCAGUUGGUCAAAUGGGUUGAGGCGUGGCCGAUUACCAAUGAGUCCACACACUAUGCCACCAUAAUGGAUCCAGUGGCCGGGGAUUUUGUCUACCUCAAAAGAUACCUUGAACCUAUCUCUGAAUAG